UUUGAAUUGGUUUGUGUUUGAAAUGUGUUCAGACAACUUUGCAGAAAUUCGCAUCAUAGAGCUGUCAAAAGGCUUGCUGCCUAUGGACUAUUGCCUUUGUGCCCUCUACUGUUGUUCACCACCUAUAUGGCUAUAGCUGACCAUGGACCGACGUUGCAAUACAAGCGGUGGCGCUAGUAUCGCCAUGUGCAUAGCCUAUAGGUUCCAGGGUGUGUGCGGUGUGCUCACAGGGCCGACGUCAACAACAAUAACGACACGGACGGUACUUAUCCUCGCGACGGUACUUAUCCUUGCACCAGGUUUUCUCUGAGUUUUACUUGUGAACUUUUGUCGAUCAGUCAUGUCAGCUCAGAAGUUAAAGGCUAUCAUCCUACUUGGAACGGUGAGGGAGGGCAGACUAGGGUUACGAGUGGCCAAAUUGAUGCAAAAUCAGUUGGACAAUGCUGGUUUUGAAACUACACUUUUUGAUCCAUUGGAGAUGAAGUUUCCGCUGCUUUUCAAGCCACUGCACUUCUACAGGGACAAGAGCGAGGUGCCGGAGUGGCUGCGUCGCGCCAACCAGCAGAUCCUCGAUGCGACUGCUACGUCAUCGUGUCGGCCGAGUAAGAUCGCUUUUUUUUCCAGAAUCUCGUUCUCCGCCGGAAUCGUUUGCUAUUCUCCAGGUAAGAUCGCUUUUUUUUCCAGAAUCUCGUUCUCCGCCGGAAUCGUUUGCUAUUCUCCAGGCAUCUACGGAGGCAUGCGCGCUGCGAUGCAGCUUCGCGCGAUGCUCUCCGAAUGCGGGAUGCUGACCGUCUCCAACCUCUUUGGCAUCCCAAAAGUCCACGAAGCCAUCGGCGAGAAGGGAGAACCCAUCGACCCCCACAUGGUCUCUGGUGCAGCGAAGCUCAUCGAACAGUUGAAGUGGUCGGCGGAUGCUCUCAAAAACCACCGCAGCAAGUUCGGCACGCCAACCGAACCCAGGCUGUAAUGUGAGCGCAGCACAGAGAUUGCAAGUAGUUAUUAUAGAGUUGUGUAAUGAAUUAAUUAUGAAAUGUCAUGUUAUUCCUCUUCAGUAAGUUGUACAUGGUGGGUCCUAAUCAGAAGGCAAGACGUUGUAAUAGAACGUAAGUAGGGGAAGCCUGGGCAGUCUCUAUGGAAUACAGAUGCACUGUUUCUACCCCAUGUGGGUUCGUUGAGCUUAUUACUUGUACUUGAUGCCAUAAAAGUUGAAAAAAGGAGAUAAAACAUUUUAUAUGUAUGGCUCGUAUCAAUUUAAUGACCGAGAGCUUGAAGAAACCUGAAGAAGAAAACGAACACUAUAUUUGGAAGUCAGAAACAGAUAUUGGUUUAAUAAAUAAAAUCACUGCUAAUUUG